AUGGAGGUGGAGGACGAGGGAAUACGCUCUCCACACAAUCGUGGAGAAGCGUGUGUUCCCGAGAGCUUCUUUGAUCGCGUAACGCAAGGGUUACGCGGCGAUCUCGAACAUGAGCGGGACAGGCGUCUCCAACUGGCGGACGCUGUCUCGAAACAUCGAGCUGAGUUUGCCUUUGCUCAGCUUGAGAACGAGAGAGCUCUGACGUCUCUGCGUGACGAGCUAAGGGUAGCUCGUGGGAAUGUUGAUCGGUCUCGGGAUGAGAUAACUGCUCUUCAGACCCUUGUCGAUGCCUAUCAUCGGGAGCACAAGGCUCUCUGCGAGAUGCUUGAGCGCAAGGGCGUUCUUCAUCGGAAGAAGCAGCGUACUGAUGGUACGGCUUAA